GUAUAAUGACAGAAUCGGAUGUGCGAGAUCACCAGCAUGUGUUGAUCUCGAUACAACUCCACGUGUCCUUCGCACAUUCACUUCUCACCACCUACCCAAUCAAACCGCUCCACUGCGUAUUUCGAACAUAUAUACCUAAGCAUGACAUCUGGAUACUUCCUCUUCUAACCCCUAGCAUGCAGGGUUCUGCUUCCUCAGAAUCCCACAAGGAAAAGGGAAGGUGGGCAGGAUAUAUUUAUAUCAUCAUCGGUCCUCCUACAAUCCGUCCUUGCACACCUCCUCCCCCUCCUUCCUUUGAUAUAGAUUCGUGUUUGCAAAACUCGCUCGUCAUUAGCUGUACCCGCUAAGUGGGCUUAGGAGGAUGGGGGCGAAGAGGAAAGGAGGGAAGGAGGGAAGGCGUUAUCUAGUGGCUCUUUUUCAUUUCCAUUCUGCCCUGAAUAUAUCCUAUUCCUGCAAUGCAUGCACUACGAUGGGGCUUUU